AGUACAUGCAUGUACGUGUACAGACCAAGUCUCUCUUCUUACAAAAUAAUUUGCACUUACAAGUAUUUGCAGGGCGUCUCUGUCAGAUUCAGGUCUGCCUGUGAAGAACUCUGUUAUUCGAAGCCGGAUACAAAUUCUCGAUAGCCUAUUAAAUAUCUUGAACGAUGAUGCAAUCAGAAAAAGAAUGAUGAAAUGGCCCAGAAGUCGUCGAAUAUCAACAAGAACCACGUGGUCGCGGCGUGUUGACCUAAUUACGGUUUCUAUAUAAAACUUGCUUUCAGAUGUUAAACUUACUACCAAGCAAAUUGCACUUAUUUGAAGAUAUACUGGUAUUGAUUAACAUUUUGGCAGGGAUUUUGAAAAUUUUGGUGCAGGUUUAGAUCUAAGCAGCGACGAUGAGGAUAGCCUUUCGGUCGUAACCUUGCCGACCCCGUAAGCUUGAGGUCAACGGUGAGGGAAAUAAGACUACGCCAACAAAACUGGAUGAAGCAGCGAGAGGAUCAUUUAGCCAGUGCCAGUUCCUCAGCCUCUAGUAUAGAUUAUCAAAGUCACAGUCAUGGAAAAGAAAAGAGUGGGAAAAAACAAGCCGUAGCAUCUAGUCAACCGGCUGCCAAGUCUCCACCAAGUUAUGCCAGACCAACACAACUAUCUCACAGAAGAAAAGUGGAAGACAGGGAUGAACAACACAGGAAGCAACAGCCAGCUAUUCCAGCAGCUAAAAACACCCACCGUCAGAGAGCACCUCUGACCAGUGACACAAAGAACAGGUUUCAGCAUUGGCGGAAUGCUAGGAAAGAAGCAAAUGAAACUCCAAACUCAGAUUUGGUUUUAGAGUCGGUAAGGACUGAGGAUUCGCAGAAGAAAAUAAACGUAGAGACAAUGUCACAUUCAGCGGCCUCAUACCGCACAGAAUCUGACGAUGUGUCACUAAGUAGGUAUGGUGUUGUUCUCUCAACUGGCCAAUCAGAAUUUAGCUCUCAUGAUGAGGAUUCUGUUGGCCAAUCAGAUGAGGGGUAUCAAUAUGAAAAAGAGGACUUGUCAUCAAGAACGCUGAAAUGGGACGCAUCAGGUGGUGCGACACAGAGAAAACAACUUUCACCUGAGGAAUUUGAUACCUUAGCCGACCAAAUUAUAAAGCGUGUCAAAGAAGAUUUGAGAACAAGCACCUCGGAAAAAAUAAAUUCUGCCAGGAAAGAAAAAGCAAAAAUUGGAAAGAAUAUCCAAGAUGGUCAAAUAAUAAACAAAGUCAAAAAGGAUACUUCAGGAUGUUCUGAUAACAGAUUAGAAGGCCACAAAUGUGUGAUCUGCAAAAAGCCAAUGGUCCAGGCUUCCCAUUCUCCCAUGCUGUUCAUCCCAUGUGGACACACCGUGUGUAAAACGUGUGCAGAGCCCCAGAAAUUCUGCACUUUCUGCGGCACAGCUAUCACAUCCAAAACUUGCAAUAUUGCACUCCAGAAGGUCAUAACAGACUUCUAUUUCAAAGAAGCAACGGAUAACAGUGGUGCUGGGGAUGUCAGUGACUACAGGCCCAGUCAAUACACUUACCAAAGUGAGAAAGAAUGUGCUGUGUAUUCCGAUAAGAAAAAUCGUGUCAACUACGAUGCUGAACUGAACUCCCUGCUAGUGCGCCAGGAGGUUCUGGAAGCCACCACACAGGAUAUAGCGACAAACUUAACGCAGUUACAGAAAAAGAAAGAGAAGCAACAGUCACAGAUAGAUAGAAUAAUCCAGGAGGAACAAAGAAUCAGAAAAGAGCUGGAAAUGCUGAAGGAGAAGCUUCAGGCAUUGUCUAUGCAUAAGAGGGAGUACCAGCAGAGGGUGGAAGAGCUGGAUAAAGAGCAGUUUGACGAGAAAAAUAAGCUGGCCCUGACGGAGGAGACAUUAAGGAGUUUAAAAGGGCAGAUCGACAAGAUGCAGAUGCUGGUAGAUGUGAAUUGAUACAAUAUAUACUGGACUUGCAACCAAAGAUAAUUAUAGGAAAGUCAGGGCUUGAAAAUGAUACCAGUCGAUAUUAAAAGUAGUGUUUUAUUCAUGGGUUCAGACUUAUUGCCUGUUUGUUUGGAGUUCAUAUGCUACAACCAGCAUGUAGCAAGCCAUGUAUAAUACAGAUCAAAACUUGCUUUAAUUUGUAAAACUGGCAAAUUUGAUUGUGUAUAACCAUCCUGGGGCCGGUUUCACAAAGCAGUAGUUAGUUAGAACAACUAACUACUGAACUACCUCGCUAA